UAGAACUGAUGCUUUAAUUCGCCAAUUUAUAAGGUGAAAAUCAUGUCCCAGAUAGUGAAACUCACCUGUAGCGUACAGAAUUAUGCUUGGGGUAAAUCAGCAGCAGAAAGCUUGGUUGCAGAAUUUACAAAAAACUCUCACAAAACGGAGCCCUUUGCUGAACUUUGGAUGGGAACACAUCCCAGAGGCCAUUCUGUUGUCAAACAGACAGGACAGAAACUAAGUGACUGGAUUGGAGAGGACCUCAACUCACGUCUUGGAAGUGUAUGUCCUGCUAUCUCUGGUAAAGAAAAUGGGGACUUGCCGUUCUUACUCAAGAUACUGAGCAUUGACAAAGCCCUGUCAUUACAGGUACACCCAACUAAAGAACACGCAGCCGAGCUGCAUGCUCGAGAUCCACAACAUUACCCAGACCCUAACCACAAACCUGAGAUGGCUAUAGCACUCACUGUGUUUGAGGGACUUUGUGGGUUUAGGCCUGUUAACGAGAUUCUGGAGAACAUGAAGGCUCACAAGGAGCUUCAUUCCCAUUUAUCUAAGGAGAUUGUGGAUAUCAUUAACUAUGGGAAACAAUCAGUUAUUGAUGAAAUCUCUUUUAUUAAGAAGCUUUUCGAAGAGUUGAUAAAGUUGGAGAAAUCUGCAGAUAUCGUAAAGGAAGCGCUAGAUAGAAGCAGUGACUUGUCUGCAAGUGAUGAGCUCUUUAACAGGAUUCAUGCGCAACACCCAGGAGAUGGUGGUCUGGUUUGCAUUUAUCUGCUAAACCACGUGAUACUACAGCCAGGAGAGUGCAUGUUCCUCGGGGCUAACAAAAUUCACGCAUAUUUCAGUGGAGACUGUGUCGAGUGCAUGGCCUGCAGUGACAAUGUAAUCAGAGCGGGGUUGACUGUCAAGUUUUCAGAUGUGGAUACCUUGGUGAACAUGGUGGACUGCACCCCUGGAUCUGUAGCAUCACAGAAACUAACACCUAUACGAACUAAGGGAGAUAACAUCAGGAUGUACGUGCCACCUGUUAAAGACUUUGCAGUGGACAGGGUGUGGCCUAACAAUAAACCACUAACCCUGGUGAACAAGGCAAGUCCCCAGAUCAUGUUGUGUACAGAGGGAAGUGGAACUGUCAGUUCCGGGGACUGUGCUGAGAAUAUCUCACCUGGUGAUGUGGUCUUUGUGGUCCCUCAUGUUAGUGUUAAAGUUACUGGAGAUUUUACUAUCUUCACUGCUUACUGCCAAGACUGAAUCAAUGAUACAAUACAAUACAAGAUACAAGGCCAGGUCUCUCCCGAACGUUGGGAUGGCCUAAGGUGCUUAUCUCCUUUUCAGUAACCCUAAGCCACUCUGUGCCGAGGCACUAUACUAGCUGUAGGGGGGUUAGUCCUACGAGCCAGAGAGUGUGUAUCACCAGCCGAAACUGUACCAAAUCACAGCUUGGUAACUGGUCGACUUGCAUCCGACCGGAUUUGAACCCAGGUCUUCUGCUUGGGAGGCGAUCGUGUUACCACUACACCACCCGGCCGAAAGCUUGUUAGCUGCUAUUUUAUAAAAAUUGU